GGGGCGCCGGGCACGCCCCGUGCCCCGCCAGUUAACGCCCAGCGGGGCUCUCUCCGAAGCGGCCGGGGACCUGGGUUUGCGUCCGGCCUGAGACCUCCGUUUCCCUACGUCCCACCAGGGCUAUGGCCUCAUGCGACGAGGUACAGCAGCUGAAAAAAGAGCAUCCCCGCUCCUUGUCUAUGUGUGGCCAUGUUGGGUUUGAAAGUUUACCUGAUCAGCUGGUCGAUAGAUCCAUUGAGCAAGGCUUCUGUUUUAAUAUUCUCUGUGUAGGGGAGACUGGAAUUGGAAAGUCAACACUGAUUAACACAUUGUUUAAUACUAAUUUUGAAGAACUCGAAUCCUCACAUUUUUGUCCAUGUGUUAGACUUAGAGCUCAGACAUAUGAACUCCAGGAAAGCAAUGUUCGCUUGAAACUGACCAUUGUAAAUACAGUGGGCUUUGGUGACCAGAUCAAUAAAGAAGACAGCUAUCAACCAAUAGUUGAUUACAUAGAUGAUCAAUUUGAGGCCUAUCUCCAGGAAGAACUGAAGAUCAAGCGUGCUCUUUUUAACUACCAUGACUCUCGUAUCCAUGUGUGCCUCUACUUCAUUGCUCCGACAGGCCAUUCUCUAAGGACACUUGACCUCUUAACCAUGAAGAGCCUGGACAACAAGGUGAACAUUAUACCACUUAUUGCCAAGGCAGAUACAAUUUCUAAGAGUGAAUUACAGAAGUUUAAGAUGAAGCUCAUGAAUGAACUGGUCAUCAAUGGUGUUCAGAUAUAUCAGUUUCCAACAGAUGACGACACGACCUCCAAGAUCAAUGGCGCAAUGAACGGCCAUUUGCCAUUUGCUGUUGUUGGAAGUAUGGAUGAGAUAAAAGUUGGAAAUAAGAUGGUGAAGGGUCGUCAGUAUCCUUGGGGUAUCGUACAAGUGGAAAAUGAAAAUCACUGUGACUUUGUAAAGCUGCGGGAAAUGCUUAUUUGCACAAACAUGGAGGAUCUGCGGGAGCAGACGCAUAUGAGGCACUAUGAGCUGUACAGGCGCUGCAAACUGCAGGAGAUGGGCUUUUCAGAUAUGGGCCCAGAGAACAAGCCCCUCAGUCUUCAAGAGACUUAUGAAGCUAAAAGACAUGAAUUCCAUGGUGAACGUCAGAGGAAGGAAGAACAGAUGAAGCAGAUGUUUGUGCAGCGAGUCAAGGAGAAAGAAGCCAUAUUGAAAGAAGCUGAAAGAGAGCUUCAGGCCAAAUUUGAGCACCUCAAAAGAAUUCAUCAGGAAGAGAGAAUGAAACUUGAAGAAAAGAGAAGAAUGUUGGAGGAAGAAUCAGUUGCGUUUGCUAAGAAGAAAGCUACCUGUGAGCUGUUCCCGAACCAGUCAUUUUUGGCGUCAGGGAGCAACAUUAGGAAGGACAAAGACCGAAAGAACUGAGCAACAUCUCUUCUCCAGCCCAAGCACAAAGAUCUUUAAGAGCUCAGGACUCAUCCUCAAGACAGUGUGGCUUGAUAAUUGUUUUUCUUUUUCAAACUCCCAUAGCUAAAUGUCCCGUAUGUACUGUCUGUUUGCUCUUUGUAUAAAAGCUUUGUGAAAGUAAUGCUUUUGAUAAUUUUCGUUUCCAAUUUUUUAUUGUUCCAUUCAAAAGAUUUUUUUCUUUCCAGCUCCAAUUUUAUGUAACACAAGAGUUCCAGAGCACAGAUGGCCAUCACAGUCAAAAGCUGUUUGUAUGCAUUGAGCUUUUGCUCUUUUUGCCUUAUCAAUAACUCAGUCAUUACCUAGCGAAGGGCUAAAGCUAUUCACAUUUAUAGAAAAAUAUUUUCACGUAUAAGGCUGAUCCGUCAGCCAAGGUGCAUAUCUCUCACACAUAUACUGUCAUUAGGAAUCUGCAAGUUCCUAUCUCGGUCUACUCUCCUGCUGCCGGAUGUUAUCUUACUGACUGUUACUCUAAGUAGCAAAGGUUUAUCACUAUUGAGACACUACAGAGCUCCUUCAUAUUAUGACUAUCUGAUUGCCAUUUUGUUCUAACAUGAACCUUUUUUUUUUCUGUAUACUAAACAGAAAACACUGGAGGCAUGUACUUUGGAAUGCAUUACAGAGUUAAAGCUAACUUUAAGCUAUGUAACCUUUUAUGAAUCAGUGUGCCUUAUUGUGUAUAGCAAAAUAUGCUUAGAAAUUAAAACAUACAUUUGAAGCUUGGUUUUGAUAUUAUUUUCUUACAAUAGCAUAUGUAUUUUUUUAAAAUUGCCGUUCAGGGACUAAGAAAGUUGAAAAAAUAAAGUUGAAAAUUUUAUUAGAACAUCUGAAUCUUAAAUAUGUUUAAAACUUGAUAAUUUGUAUUUCAGGAAGUAUUUGCAUUCAGUGCCUUAAUAGACCUAGAGCAUUUUAAUG